AUGGCCAGGACUUACACUCCCUCUCUGAUCCGCCCAUCCACCCGUACCUUCACCUCCUCCCCCAUCCGCUCCAGGGCUGCCUCCGGUGCGGAAUCCAACACCGACAUUCGCAACCGCCAAGCUGUCGGCGUCUUCACCUGGAAAACCGCGGCCCUCUUCGUCCUCACCGGCAUCGGUCUCACCCUCUACUUCCGCCGCGAGAAACGCCUUGCCGAACUCGCCAAACACGAAGCCGCCAACCGCGCUAUCGGGCGUCCGAAGGUUGGUGGUCCGUUUGAGUUGGUGGAUCAUACGGGAAAGGCGGUGACGAGUGAGGAUUUCAAGGGGAAGUAUAUGUUGGUGUACUUUGGGUUCACGAGAUGUCCGGAUAUCUGUCCGGAGGAGUUGGAUAAGUUGAGUGAGGUUUUGGAGAAGUUGCACGGGAAGUAUGAUCCCGCGAAUCCUCAUCCAGUGGUAACACCCCUCUUCGUGACCUGCGACCCAGCCCGCGACACCCCCGCCGCCCUCUCCGCCUACCUCCCCGAAUUCCACCCCUCAAUCAUCGGCCUAACUGGCACCUACGACAAAAUCAAAGAAAUGUGCAAAGCCUACCGCGUCUACUUCUCCACCCCUCCCGUAAUCAAAGAAGGCGAAGAUUACCUUGUGGAUCACAGUAUUUUCUUUUAUUUGAUGGAUCCAGAGGGUCAGUUUGUUGAUGCGUUCGGGAAGCAUUAUAGUGUUGAUGAGAUGGCGGGCAAGAUUAGGGAGUAUGUUGGGGAGUGGGAUAGGUUAGGGAGGAAGAGGUUUAGGGAUUAG